UACUGUCAAGUCAGAUUUAUUUACGAAACAUUAUAAGCGCUUAUUUUAUGCCACUUGAGUUAUAAAACUUGCUUUUUAUUUAUAACAAAUAUAUUUUAAUUUAAAACGUGGCAUAAGUAGUUUUAUCGAGUAAUAGAAAGAAGCACUUUGUUUGAAAGUUGAAAAAUAUUUAGUGCCGUUUGUAUCCGUAUGACACGUGACUGUAUAGUUACUGCUCAUUGGUUCGUUUGACAUCUGGAAGAAUCAAACAAGAAUCAAAUACAACCGCUUCAGCUGUUCCUUCAUGCGUGUAGAGUGUUACCAAUGUCGAAAAGGUGUUUGGUCGGUUAAAUCCGUUUAAGCAUCAAGCUAAACAAUUUUUAAAUUACAACAUUCCUUUCCAGUCAUUCCUCCUUACAUCUGAUUAGCCUUUUUGCACCUACUUUUCCGUAAUAUUUUAAUUUUUAUUAUACGAUAAUGGCAUCCUUUCGUAUCCAUGAAGACCAAGAAAACCGCGUGCCGGAAAUUCGUCAAAAACAAAUUAAUGUGAUGGCUCCUACACAACUAAAAAGAACAAUUUUAGGACAAUUAGACAAUCACAUCGAUAGACCACUGAAAAAUAAACAGCCUUUGGGAAUUUCUAAUAUCAAAGCAAAUGAAAAUCUCAACAAGCAGAACAUUCAAAAACUUCCUCCACCUGUAGUUCCUGUAGCUCAGUUUGAAGCUUUUAAAGUUGGAGAAGAUAGUAAGGAAAAUGAUUUGGAAAAGAAAUUGGAAGAAUGUCAACGAAGACGUAAAAAUCGGGACCCUUAUGCUGAAAUUUAUAAGGGAACAGCUGAAGAUAAGUUCAUUACGAAGAAAGAAUGGCUAGAAAUGGAAGCAAAAAGAAAACAAGAACUAGAACAGAAGAGGCAGUUGCAAAUUGAAGCUAUUAGAAAACAAAAAGAAGCAGAUGCUCAAAGUAGGAAGGAAGAGGAAGAAGAAAAACUGAAAGCUCUACAUGCAUUAAAAGUUGCAUCUGACAAAAAUUUGAAGUCACCAAUAAUCGAGAGUAUUGAUGCUGGUUCUCCUAUGAGUAUAGAAAAGUCAUUAACAGAUGAUCUGCAGAAUGAAAACAAGUUGAACAGAGAGAUUAUAGCUAAAACUUCGAGAGAUCUCUUUUUCGAGAUGCCUCAAUAUCGCACGGACAUUUAUUUAUACCUGCGAGAACAUGAGUUGCGUAAUAGACCCAAACCGGGAUAUAUGCGAAAACAGCCGGAUAUUACCUACAACAUGCGUGCAAUCUUGGUCGAUUGGCUUGUUGAAGUAGCCGAAGAGUAUCGUCUGCAAACUGAAACGUUGUAUCUUGCCGUAAAUUUCAUCGACCGUUUUUUGAGCUACAUGUCCGUUGUUAGGACCAAAUUACAACUAGUGGGAACUGCUGCCAUGUUCAUUGCCGCAAAAUAUGAGGAAAUUAUUCCUCCAGAUGUAGGAGAAUUUGUCUACAUAACUGAUGACACCUACAACAAGAAGCAGGUCAUACGUAUGGAACAUCUCAUACUUAAAGUACUUUCUUUCGACUUGUCUGUACCUACUCCACUUACUUUUAUUACUGCCAUUUGCAUUUCCAAUCAGUUGUCUAAGAAAGUCAUGUAUCUUGCUAUGUAUUUGAGUGAACUAUCGAUGCUAGAAGCCGAUCCAUAUCUGGAAAAUUUACCAUCGGUGAUAGCAGCUUCGGCCGUUGCUCUUGCACGUCAUAAUUUGGAGAUGGACCCUUGGACGAAAGAACUAAGCACAAAUACUGGUUUUCAGUUGACUGACCUCAAAAAAACCAUUGAUUUCUUACAAGAAAUGUUUGUAAAAGCUCCAAGUUUGCUCCAGCAAGGCAUUCAGGAAAAGUACAAAAGUAGUAAAUAUAUGCACGUAUCUUCGUUGUCUCCUAGGGAACCCUUAUCUUUCUAACACCUGUAAAUAGUGAAAAAAGGGACGGACAUUUGAACUGUGUUAGAAAUAUUUCAGACGUUUUGGGCCAUAAAUGUGCCUUAAGAUAAAGGUGGUCAUUUUUUAUACAAGUUUUAUACUUCGUUGUUAUUAAUGCAUGCUAAGAAUAUUCGAUAUUUUUAUAAGUAAUCUCGUUUAUAAGGAAUUUUUAAAUAAACAGCCGUAAGCUGAAGACAAAAACAGUAAGAAAAUACCCGAAAACAGUAAUAGCGUUUUAAAUUUUUCAUAAACGGGUGUUAAAGAAUAAUUUUGUUUUAUUUUUCAUUUUAACAAUUCUGUGUUUUUAUUUUUUAUGCGUUGAAUCGCUAACAUUAGACGAUAAGCAAAAUGAGGAACAUUACUACAUAAGGGUUUCUUUGCAUUUUAAUAUAUUGAAAGAAUUUAUCUUCAUACUUGUCUUUUAAAAAAAAUAAACGCUUAAAUAAGUUAAUGGAA